GGCAACGGUGGUGAUUGAGCGAGUGGAGAAGGAUAGAUGAGUAGUCCACGGUUACGCUAUCUGAAACCCAAACCACAACUCUUUCCUUCCCCAACAAAAAUGACUGUCUUUGUCUCUUCUCUUCAACACCCAUCAUCACUCCUCUUCUCUGCUUUUCUCUUACUUUGGGACUUCUCCUUCUUCCUCUUCACCAUCCCCACCUCCCCUUUUCUUCUUCACCUUUCGAGACUUUCAAAACUUACAGGAUAAAAUGACGAGCUUUUUAUCAAGUCACAGUUGUAAUUGGUCGGUUGGAGUUUCGGAACACGUCUGCAAGGGCAGGGGAAGAUUUUAUAAGGUUCCAAGCUUGGGAUGUUGUGGUCCGUACUAUUUUCCUUUGGGAGGAUUUAGUUUUUCCCAGGGCCAGGGUCAAUACCUUGCUAGUACGUCCCAAAGUCGUGGGAGAUGUGGGCCUAUCUUUUCCAGUGCCGUGGAUGAUGAUGGCGUGGACCCAGAUGACGCUGAGGAUGGGAAUGACAAGAAAGAAUCUUCACAAGGCGAGACCGGAGGAAUAAACAGUGAAAUGCUUCGAGAAAACCUUGAACGAAUAGUUGGCAGAGAUGAUUCCACAUUUAAUGGCUUAGACCUUGCAACUCUUAUUAGGAACAAAUAUGGCAGGUCUUAUGAUGUUCAAUUGAUAAAGAAGGAGUUCAUGGGAAGAAAUCUCCUUGCACUGAAUGUUAUGUGGAAGUAUAUGGAGCAGAGAUCAUUUCCCUUGACUGAAGAAGAAUAUCUUCUAAGGCUUGAUGAUGUGGCAAACACAUUGAAAUGUUGGGGAGCGGUCUCGCACAUUCGAAACAGCUUAGCAAAACUGAAAGAGCGGCCUCGAAUAGGGAAGGCAGUCAGCAUAUUUAUAGACAUGGAUGAGUCUGGAGGUCGUGCAAAUGAAUGGAUUUACAAGUAGAUUGAUCAAGUGAGCCAGCAUCGUCCACUGAAUUUAAUUUGUAGUUACAUGAUCUAUUUGCCUCACUUGAAUCCAUAGCAACCCAUGGAAAAUUGUUUUACUGCUAGUUCUCUACUGGUUCUUUAUUAUUGACUUAGCUUAAACAAUAAUAACCAAUGGAAUCCCUUGCAAGUAAACAUCAUGUUUCAUGACUUUAAAAAGGCAAUAGUGUGUGCUCUAAUGUUUAAUGUUGCAAAAUUAUAUUAUCCUAUAUGUGCUUGGAGCCAAUAUGAAGAGAGUGGAGAGUUUGGAGGAGAAUCAGAUGAUUCUAAAUUGCCUUCAAAUCAUGAAGAUCCUAGCAGAGCAUCCUACUUUUUCAGCUUGAGAUUUCUUAUUUGUAAACCUUUUUCCCUUCUUUUUCAGUUAUAGUAUUACCCCAGAAACUUUUUAAUUU